AUGUUUUCAAAAAUACUAGCGUUUAUAUUUUUAGCUACAUAUGUAGCCACCACCCAAGUCACGGGUGUGUUUACAAGCCUUGACAAAGUCGAAUUCAAACCAUACUCGAAUAAAGAUCCUGCAAGGCCCUAUCAAGUUCACUGGGAGGCAACUAUGUCAUGGGAAAUUCAGGGAUCAAAAAUCCAACCUCUUGAUACUUUUACCUUAGACUUACCAUGUGUGUUCAAGUUCAUAACUGAUGAACCGUAUAUCGCAUUAACAGUGGGAUCAACCGAAUAUGCGCAUUGUUAUUUCCAAGCCGGGGAGGUGUUUCUAACAUUUUCCCAAUUGAAUUGUGUUGCAUUAUCUUCAGUAAAAGAUAGUACGGAUGCUCAUGGAACUGUUCGAUUCCCAUUUACCUUCAACGCUGGAGGUUCUAGUUUAGAUGUUGAUUUACAAUGUUCCAAGAAAUUUACUUCAGGAUCCAAUAUUAUUUCCUUUUAUGAAGGAGAUAAAGAGUUUAGGUAUUCUGUAAAUUUUGUUACCCAAUUGUUGACUCAUACAGACGAUAUCACGUUUCAUGCUCGUUCAAUUCCUACAUUGAACCGGUUGCAGACCUAUGUAGUUGCCGGAAAGUGCACAAAAGGUUAUACAUCUGGGACUUUGGGGUUUGAAAUGUUGGAUUCAAGUUCAAAAAUCGAUUGUAAUAGCUACCAUGCUAGUAUGUCUAGCCAAUUUAACAGUUGGAUGAUGGCUGGAACUGCAGAAAAUAUGGAAAUGACAGUUUCUUGCACGGAUAGUGUUCUUAUAGUCGAGUAUCAAAAUAUUCCGGUAGGGUAUAGACCAUACCUUGAUGCCAACUUAGCUGUUCAAGAGGGUGCUGCUACACCUAUGAUUUACCAUAAUAGCUACACAUGUGUCGGGAGUAGGUACGAAACUGAUAAUGAUAAGGAUCAUGAAUGGUCAAAAUAUCUGAAUUCCAAUGCAGAUUCUGAAGGAAUGGAAGUUGUUUUUGCAACCAGCACCUGGACCGGACAGGUGACGCAAAUAACCACCCUUCCAUUCUCCACAGGAGAACACUAUACCAAGAGUAUCAUUGUUCAAGUUCCAAUUCCAACAGUAACUACAACUACAAUAUACACGGGGGUCUCUACAUAUUGGUCAACAAUAACUGCCACUCCAGGUGAAACUGCUACUAUUAUUGAACAUUCUCCAACUGAUACUACUACCACAAUAACUCAAUGUUGGAACAAGGAUUAUACUACUUCAACAAUAAUUCUUGAUACCAUUUCUGCAAUUCAUACCUUGGAGGUGCUGAUUCCAUGUGAUCCA